AUGGCUGUUGUAAACGAAGGAGCUCUUAAAAAGAUGCUGAAGCAAUACAAAUACAGAGAUCUCACUGUGCGUGAGAUAACAAACGUCAUCUCUCAGUACAAAGACCUCAAACCUGGCAUGGACGCGUACGUGUUUAAUGACGGCUCCUCCAGAGACCUGAUGAGCCUCACAGGAACGGUUCCAGUGGGUUAUAGAGGGAAUGUGUACAAUAUUCCCGUGUGCCUGUGGCUGCUGGAUACGUAUCCCUACAACCCUCCCAUAUGUUUUGUGAAGCCCACCAGCGCGAUGAUGAUCAAGACCGGCAAACACAUCGACGCCAACGGCAAGAUCUACCUGCCCUACCUGCACGAGUGGAAACAUCCUCAGUCGGAUCUGUACGGGCUCAUCCAGGUCAUGAUCGUGGUGUUUGGUGAGGAGCCGCCCGUGUUCUCCAGACCCACCACACAACCUCCGUACCAGGCCUUUCAAGCAGCCGGACCCCCGAACCAGUCUUAUAUGCCAGGAAUGCCAGCAGUAUCUCCGUACGGCCCAAACCCAAACCCCAACCCCUGUGGUUAUCCCGGUUACCCUUACCCAGGAGGCAAUGCGUAUCCUGCCACAGGUGGUGCAGCGCAUUACACCUCCCAGACUCCCGUCACUGCUGUGGGUCCGAGUCGUGAUGGUACCAUCGGUGAAGACACCAUCCGAGCAUCGCUGAUCUCGGCCGUGAGCGAUAAACUGCGCUGGAGAAUGAAAGAGGAGAUGGACAGAGCUCAAGCCGAGCUGGACGCCCUGAGGAGAACUGAGGAAGACCUGAAGAAAGGACACCAGAAGCUGGAAGACAUGGUGUCCCGUCUGGACCAGGAAGUGUCUGAGGUGGACAGAAACAUUGAGCUCCUCAAGAGGAAGGACGAGGAACUGAGCGAAGCUCUGGAGAAGAUGGAGAACCAGUCGGAAAACAAUGACAUUGACGACGUGAUCAUCCCAACAGCCCCGCUCUACAAACAGAUCCUGAACCUGUACGCAGAGGAGAACGCCAUAGAGGACACCAUCUUUUACCUGGGAGAAGCCCUUCGGAGAGGAGUCAUCGACCUGGAGGUCUUCCUCAAGCAUGUGCGUCUGCUGUCCCGAAAGCAGUUCCAGCUGCGAGCGCUCAUGCAGAAAGCACGAAAGACGGCCGGACUCAGUGACCUUUACUGACCCCGCGCUCCAGACUCUGAUCUAGUCGCUCUGUGGUAUGUCACUGGGAGUUCAGCUGUUUAUGAUCUUUCACUUCUGUGAGAGUUUUAGCGUCUGUGCCUGACUUGAUUUGGAAAAGGUAAAAUCGGUACGAUAUUUAAACGCUAAAGGGUAAAAACUAGCGUUAGAGAUAAAUAAGAGGUCAUAGACUUUGUUCCUUCUUUCAUUUGAGCGUCUCGUGUUAAACUGGCAGGCGUCUGGGUGUCUUUUCUUUAGAUACUACUGUUAUAAACCGUACAGAGUGAUAACUUUUAAAAUGUGACGUCUGCAGGUAGUGUAUGAGUAAAAUUGCUCUCAAAUGUGGAUAGCAUCUCCUGUUUUCAUUCAGGCAUUGUUACAAAGUGUUGUCAUAAUUCAUAACUGUGUGAAUCUCACAGGAAUAUUCGCCUCAAAAUAAAUAAAAUAGAUAUUUUCUGAGGAAAAAAUGUAGGACUGUUAAGAUUUUUUUACAUUGUAUAAAAUAUUAAGAACGUUUAAGUAAAUAUUUGAUACAGAAGUAGAUACAUUUACUCCCAAAAUUUCUCAUUAAAGUAAAAAGGAAAAAAAAGUCAGUACUGUAAAACCAGCAUUAAUUAAAUUUAAUAAAACAAAGCGGAUAUUUAAAAUAUAUUUAUAAAUUAAUUUUUAUUUACAAUGAAAAUUUGCGAGGAAAUUUGCUUUAUCACAAUGCAAAAAAUAUUUUUUUUAUGCACGUUUUUAUUUUUUUUAUUACUAAAUACUUCCCUUGGAUUUUGGGGUGAAAUAUGUAAUUUCUUGAAAGUUUCUGCGAGAUUCACCUAAUUUACAAAAAACAGUGACGAUUUAUGGUUCCAAUAUUUCAAUUUUAUGGCUUUUAUUUUGCUGAAUUUAUUAUUUAUCUCAUUGUAACUGGGAACUAUUGCGGUUCCAGAUUUAUUGGUAUAUUGCUACAACUCUAUUUCUUCUCGCUCUACACAAAGUUUGGUCUGUGACUAAUAAUGUUAAUGAAAACUGAAAAGCUAUAAACUGUUGAACUUUAACUUAUAUAUAUAUAUAUAUAUUUACUUUUUAUUCUUCCAAAUGUUUAAAAACAAAUGAACAAAUUUGUUGCAUUUCAGUCAAUUGUUUUAAUGCACAUUUGGGACAAGACUUGAGUUGAUGUUUCUUAGUGAGACUUUAACCCCUUAUCUGCUAAUAUUUGUUCUUAUUCGAACCAGGCUGUAGAUUAUGAUGUCAGACAGAUCAAUAAAAGAGCAUGAUCAUGAA